UUUAUAACGGCCCUGUGGUUCCCUGAGCUGUGAAACGUUUUCUGACAGCAGAUCAACAGGGAACAUCUGUGCUUCCACUCAGUCUCAGCUGAGUCUCUGACAGCUGUCCGCACACGCAACUUUUCUCUCUCCGUUUGUAAAAUUUAGCUGAACUUUUUAAACACUCUACCCCAGUUCAAGUCCGCCCGUCAAAAUGCCCUUUAUUGAGAACGUGUCGUACGCGGACUUGGAGCGCCUGGCUCUGGAGCGGCUCAUUCCGGCUCUGCUGUCCCACGGCUUCUGCUACGUGGACGGUCUCCUCGGGGAUCUGGCCGGAAGCGCCGUGUUGGACCAGGUGGUGGAGAUGCACCGCUCCGGACAGCUCCAAGACGGCCGGCUGGCCGGCUCUAUCCCGGGCGUCAGCCGCAAGAGCAUCCGCGGGGAUCAGAUCGCCUGGGUGAGCGGCUCGGAGCGCGGCUGCGAGGCGAUCAGCUUCCUGCUCAAUCUGAUUGAUCGGCUCAUCUCCGUGUGCGCCAGCCGCCUGGGAGACAAGGCGAUCAGGGAAAGAUCUAAGGCCAUGGUGGCAUGCUACCCAGGAAAUGGGGCAGGCUACGUGAAGCAUGUGGACAACCCAAACCAUGAUGGACGUCGUCUUACCUGCAUCUACUACCUGAACAAGAACUGGAACCCAAAGGAGCAUGGCGGUGUCCUCAGGAUCUUUCCAGAAGGAAAACUAUACGUGGCUGACAUCAAGCCGCUUUUUGACAGGCUCCUCAUCUUCUGGUCUGACCGCAGGAACCCACACGAGGUGCAACCCUCCUAUUCCACCAGGUAUGCUAUCACAGUUUGGUACUUUGACUCUGAGGAGCGAGCCCAGGCUAAGAAGCGCUUCAGAGAUCUAACAGCUUCCACAGAGCAGCAGGGCAGCAGCUCUAGUUGAUGGUGAGGAAACACUGCCACCUGGUGUUUGGAGAGAACAUCACACUUUCACUGAGACCCAGCUUUUUAAACAGCUGAAUCAACACAGUGGAGGAUAAAUAGGAAGGUGAAUUGUAGGAUGCACGGACGAGUCUUGUGGUCUCCAAUUCUCCGAAAUACGAAUUUCCGAUGCUGCUCUGACCGUGUCAAGGCUGAGACAGAGCUGGCAGGACUGCAUCUGAUUAACCAGAGGAGCCGUUCUGGACUACUUCCGUUUUUAUAAAAAAAUGUUUGUGUAAUGCUCUGCCAACUCCUGCUGAGUGCCCUGUUGAGACUCCAGCCUUGAUCUCACAACUUCUGACAGAAAGAGAAAAGUUGUCAGAAAACCUGACGAGUUUACAUGGACGUGAAAACGGCGAGCCAAUGAGGCAAAUGAUCCAGAGCUUGUUUUUCCACCAGUCUGAAGAAGGUGGCACACAUGUAUGAUGCAGGUUUACAAACUGGGAGAAAAAGACAGUAUGUAAUGUCUGAGUAUAAACUAACCAAUGAAUGCUGAAUUUAGGAAAGUCUUAUUAAAACAUAUGUUGUAUCAUACCUGACACUUCACUCAAAUUUGAACUUUUUUGUGAAUUUUUUAAAAGAAAUUUUACAGAUUUCCCUACAACAUAAAUGGCUUACCAGAGGCAAAAUUAAACAAGAAAACCAGUUAAGAAGAGACUGAAUUAUAUCGUAUAUAAUGUAGAGUGUCACUGCAUUUCUGAAACGCUGUAAUGCAGGGAACAAAAACACACAUUUGUUUACAAGCCGUUGUGAAUUAAAGAUUCAUGUACUGAUCAAUUAAACACUGAUGUUUUUGCUGUUUUGUUUGCACUUAACAUAAACAUUUUGGGAAGGUCAGAAAGAAAUGGCUUACAGAAACUUCCAAAAUUACAAAUACAUGCUUAUAAUUCAUUACAAGUGCACAUUCUUGAAAUGCAAAAAGAAAUGUCGUUCAUAUCUUGAUUUCUGGACUGUUUUUUUUUUAUCUCUAUUGAGCUCCAGUUUAAUGAGAUAAGGUUUUCCUACAGCUACUAUCAAUGCUAUUUACUAGGAUUUAACUUGAAACCUGAAACUUUGUGCAGUCUGAGAUUCCAACAGUAGGAAGUGACAAGGUGUCGCUCUAAAAGGUUCUGCUUUGGGGGCUAGGGGCCUACUGUUCCAAAACAUUAGGUGUGAUAAUGAAACAUAAAGGUUAAGGUAACAAAACUUUCUUCAGUGCCUCAAAAUAGCAACCUACUGGCCAUGGAUUUAGUCCAUGGCCAAUUCCUGGACAUUUGGCUCUUUUUUUUGGAUAAUAAUCCAGGUUCACACCAGGAUACCCAGUUAUAGUUUCAUGCAUAUUACCUGCUGGUCCAUGGCCUUAGAUAAACGAAUCCAGGCACAAAAGAAUCACAAACAUUUCCUAAAAUAAUCUAAUCUAUCACUGAGCAAAAAAGAAAAAAACGUUUCUGGUCUUUAAUUCAAACUAGUUUGUAUCAGAACAUUAAUUUUAGAUUGGGGAAUUGCAAUUAUUAUUAUUUUUAUCAAAAAAGCAUUCAAAAUAUGUAAAGAUGUCUUUCUUU